AAACCAGAAAAUACCACAUGCAGCAUCAGAAUGUCCUACCAAGACUUCACACCUCAAGCUACGCAGCCUCAAAGACGAGAUGGAAACAUUAACGUUAAUAUGAAAAUACCAAGAACUCCAGAUGUGGUUACACAUUUAUGUGUAACAGCAAAAUACCAAAGAAGUCAGGAAGAGACAAUUUUUCAGCAUUGUGAUAAAGUGUUCUACUGGUGUCAAGAUACAGGAUGCAGACCGGAUAUUUUCUACUCUUUCUAAGCUUUUCCCUUUCCUUGGAGGCAUGCUGUGUGGGAAACCAACAAAACAGCAGAUCAGGUAUUUCAUUUUAAUCAAAUCAUACGUAAAUGUUGCAGCAUAAAUAUUGUGCUUUAAAAAGGAAGCACGCAUUAAACAAGCAGCACCCCUGAUAUUUCAAAAUGAAACAGAAAUAUUUCAGUGCACCAGUUAUUGAAACCAUCGGCUGUUUUAAGGUCUCCAACAGAAUACCACACAUCAGGGCUACAAAGCUGUGGAGGGGGAAAUCUUUAUGAUGCCUUGCCCAAAAGAAGUAAAUCAGCAUACGGAGGUGGUGUGGUCCAGGAUUGGGGAAGGAAGAGCAGAAAAAGGAAGCCCAUCCUUCGCCUGUGGGACGGAGUUCCUGGUGGAAGCAAAAUAUUCUGGAAGAUACACCUGCUGUGAAAGGUGAACAAACUGAGUCGUACUUCUAUCAUUAUCUCCAUUUCUGACUGAAUUCUUGAGGCAAAUUUAACUAUUUUAACCUCUGAGCAAAUAUGGGUCAUGGCUUCAAAAUCAGUCGCAUAAGCAACACAACACUGUAAUAUUGCUUGCUCCAUAUUUAAUAUAGGUAACAGUCUCCUUUGUGAUAAUGUGUGGGACAAAAUUCUAUUCUUCAGGUUACUGUGGUAUAUAGGGAACCCAGCAAACAAUUCAACCACACCUUUGUUGAUCAGUGAAUGUAAAUAUGAGAAAAAAUAACCGUAUCUUAACCUAAAAAGAUACACAUUAUGAUCUCAUGCAAGAGAAGAUUAUAUUGAGCAGCUGGUUUGAGGAUUCGACUACUUUGUGGAAUAAAAAUGUACCUUAGUAGGUGACAAUGCUGCUAGCUAAGUUAUGCCCUUUAAUGGGAUAAUAUCACACUUUGAAACAGUAUUUUGAGUAAGAAGUGGUUUGAUUCUGUUUUAUGAUAAUGUUAAGCUUGGGAGAAAAUGUGAUCUUAAAAUGUCAUAGAUGACAGCAUGACAGCAUAUCCGUAAAUGUAGCUUCACAGCCUUCCUGAAGUCAGAGAAAAGUUACCACCAUGUGAAUACUGGCUUGUUUAAAUACAUGAAUAAAUCAUUUAAAGAAUAAAUUUUAAAACACUGAUAGAAAAAUUGCAGAAUGGAAUUGCUUUUUAAAAUGUUGCACAAGACAUUUAAAAUUAUAGUUUGUCAAUUUUACUCCUUCUUUCCCACAUGUGUAGAAACAUUUUUUGUCAAUAGCCCACUGGAUGAUUAAAAAAAAUCACACUGAUUUAGCAAUAACCAAUUUACUUGAAACAUCUAUUUUAAGUUUUAUCUUUGACAAUCAUCUUACAGUAUGUGGCUGCGAUUACAUAUUUAAAAAGUGUAUUUAAAGGUACAUUUUGAAGCAAUUUUGUUAGCAAUGUAAAGAUCUAUGCUGUCUAGUGGCAGCAAACUGUUCCUACAUCUGCAGGUGGUGAAGAGGAAGAGUUUGGCAUGCUUCAGUGAUGAGGAGAGCAGUGUCGAUCUGAUUGUUGGACUCGGUGUAAAGAUCCCUUGCCCAGGACUUAACUGCAGUGACAACUCAGAUGUUAGGUGGUUCAUGGUGAGGUACUUUACAAACAUGAACAGGCUUUACCUUCAUAAAAAUCAUAAAACAUAAACCGGACUAUAAAGAUAUCUGUGGUUUCUUACAGGGUAAGAGAGCCAAGUCUGAGCAGCCGAAGGCCUCCAGUCAGGAAAACGGAGAGUUAUAUAUCAGUGGAGUCAGGGACUCUCAUACCGGUGUUUAUUUCUGUGACAGACAAGUUAUUGAAGGAGGAUUCAAAUGGACUUUCAGGAGGGCUGUUAACAUCACAGCUGUACGUAAGUUCUGUGUCUGUGUGUACCUUAAACCUUCAUGCUAGUUUAAGGUAAGUUGAUCACAUGGUAGUCCAGGUAUAUGCUGCUCCUGAAGUCCCAGUCAGACUCUUAAUUGUUUCUGGUUACAUUUUCAAUCUUCACUUCUGAAUAAUCAAAAGCAAAAGACAUUGAAUUUUUUUUCUGAGGUGAAUUUUCUAACGUCUGGCUGCCUCAUAUGGUAAACUAAAGAAAUUGAAAUGCAGACCUGUGCUACUUUUCUCUCUGUGCCAUAACAGCUCAUCUCGCUCCAAAUCGCCCUCCUGACAUCUUGGAUCCUGACAGCAACAUGACAAAGGCAGCAGUGCUUGGUAAAUGUAUCAUUCUGAUCUAUGAUAUAUCUCUGCAGCUAUCACAGUUAAUAACUCAUUGUUUGGCUAUGCUUAUGAAUUUUUACAAGUUGGUAUAAUCAGUCUUAUUUAUAUAACGCCAAUUCACAACAAAUGUUAUCUCAAUAUGCUUAACAAACAGAGCUGAUGUAGACCCCACUCUUCAUGGUAUUCACAAAAACCGAACAAAAGAAUGGGAUAAGAUUGAGCCUCAUCUUGUAGGAUCUGACCCACUUGCAUGAUUGAAACACUGCAGCAUUUAGCAAGUUACAGUGGAGAGGAAGAACUUCCUUUUAAUGGGCAGAACCAUAGACUGUAUAUACUAUGGACAACUUGGUUCCGCCCUCGGCCAGUAUAUGGAUUUGAAGCCAAAAAGCUCUCUGUAAUUUCACAUUUUCUCUCCAUUUCCUGAAACCAUCAUUGCGCAGUAGCAUUGUGUGCAUUCGGCAGGAGAGAGUCACUGUGAUGACGCUCAGCUCAAACAGCAUAUCCCCCGGGUGAGCUAUGCAAUCUUCGUCCGCCCGUAGGCUGCAUCAAAUGUCAAUCAUAGAAAACAUGAACUCCUUAAUAACUUUUAAAAAUGGAGUUGUACAGAAAAAAGAGGAUUUGAGCACAAACCAGUCUGACAGUAACUACAUGUCAACAUCACAAGCAGUAGGGAAGGAAAAUUCAUAUUCUGUGUAAUAAAUUUUUAAAGUUUGUCCACAGCUCCAUAAGGAGGCAGGAUAUAUGACCCAUAUAUCUCGGGGUGGCUUCACCCAGCGAGGAGGCAGACGCUGUCCAUUCUAGAUACAGUCUAUGGGCAGAACCCAACUCUUGUUAGACAGUCAUCUACUGAGUCUGCAUUGGGUUCAGAGAGAGAGAGAGAGAGAUGCAGAAAGACAGACAUUAAUAACACCAACAAUAGUUUAUACAGGUGCAUGGUUACAGGUGCAAGUGUGUGUGUGUAUGAAAAUAUUGGCAUUGAAGGCACUGAAAUAUGGGUGAGGUGAUAAAGUCUUUGUUUGGUCCCUUUUUUAGGUCUAUCACACUCUCUGAUAUGUACGGUAAAUUUUCCUUUUGAGAAAAAGUUUUCCCCAGAUGUGCGAUGGUUAAUGCACUACGGUGGUAACACGACGACUACGACUGUGCUACACAUCGAGAAGACAAUGUGAGUUUUUCAACCAGAGUUUGCUUUUGCCAGGAUGUCUUUCAUUUUGCAUCUGCAGUAUGCAUGUUUCUUGGAGUACAUGAGAGCUUAUGAGCUGAAAUUCUCUUGUGAUUCAGACAGGACCCGCGUUUUCAAGACAUCACAGUCUCACAAAUAUCUGUCAUUAAAGAGGUCACGUCAGAGCAUUUCAACAACACGUACACCUGCAUCGCCACCAAUAUUGUUGGAAACAGCAGUGUCACUAUCAAGCUGAAGGAGAAAUACAGAGGUGAUUUGUUUCAGCUUUGACUGUUAUUCAAAAACUACAUAAUGAUCUCUAUGAAAAAUCAAAAUGAAAUGAUUCAGUAGACCUCUCUGUUAAAUCUAAGGAACGGGAGGAAGAAUACGAAGCAAAAUGACUGACAGUCCUCGACUUAAAUUCAUGUUUUUACAAGCCAAUAAGAGUAUUUCCAUGUCUGUGUUUCAGUGAAAUGGCCCUCAGUGGUUGGGUAUCCCAUUGUAUUGUUGUUGCUUGUAGCCGGGGUUGGAAUCUGUCUGCAUGUGAAAUGGCUGGAGCUACAGCUUAUCUACAAAUCCUACCUCCAGCAAGGAAAACAUGAUGGAGGUACGAAAACAGACAGACAGACACAUCCACACACUCACAUAUAAUCACACAAAAUACAGAAACAGAAACACCCAAAGGUACUGUGCAUGUGGCAUCCUGGCUACAACUGCUGAUUCUUAUCACAGGAUGUUGCUUUGCUUUCAGGGUAAAAUGUGUAGAUUUAAUCUGUUUUGAACUCUACAAAAUGUCACUUACUACUACAAAUACCAAUGUGUAAAUCUUAUCAUAAACCAACCUUGACUCCUUCACGCCACAUUUCUAAUGUUUAGGUUUUGUUUCUUACACCUCCACCCAUUAGAUGAAAAAGAUUUUGAUGUUUUUCUGUCGUUUGUGUGGAGUGGCCUGCCAGUAGAGGCUGCAGAAGUUUCAGCCUUUUACCAAACAGGACCUGACACAGAUGUGGAAGGUAGGCAAGCACACUGAAUGCAUGAUAUCAAUGUGUGCCGGAUUACUCUGGUAAACUUUAACCAAAGUAACUUUAUUUGCAGAAUAUUUAUCCCCCACAGAUCCGCUGAGCUCGGAUGAGGGUGAAGUCACUCAGAAACCACUGGAGGUGCUGUUACCCCGGGUGUUAGAGGACCUGUGGGGGUAUCGGCUAUGCCUUCUGGAGAGGGAUGUUUUACCUGGAGGAGGUGAGAGGAUCAACUGCAAGUGUGUGUGUGUGCAUUUACUGUGUGCAAGUAUUUAUGAUGGUUUGUGAUUUAUGUUGCAGCUUAUACAAAUGAUGUGGUCCAUGCAAUACAGAGGAGCCAAAUGCUGAUCUGCCUCUUGUCAGCUGACUACCUCUCCAACAACAGUGCUGUGUUUGUGCUUGAAUCAGGAGUCCAGGUGGGUUUAUGGGCACUGCCAGGGAUUUUGAGCCCCAUGAAUAAAUAUCAUAUUAAGCCCUAACACCUCACACCUCAUUACCUAAAAGGGAUAUUCCAGCGUAAAAUUAACUUAGGGUCAAACACACCGUAACACUGAGUUAGACACCCCGUCAAGAGAUAAACAUUGCCGAAUGCUUGCCUCUCUAGUUAAACCAACUUUAGUAACGACCGCAGUUAGCAGUACAGAGAGCCACAUGCUCAGCCAAAAGCCACUCUAUAGCCACAAAUAAUGCUCAGAACAGCACCUAACUUCAUCAACAGUAUAUAUAGGGUCCCAACCACAGAACUAGCCACCAAACAUCUUUUUAGCUUUGCCUGAUUUCUUUAGCAAAGAGACUAAACACAACUCACCCACUCUCUUCCAGCAGCUGCUUGUUUGAGACCUCCUGGUGACUCCAUCGACUGCAGCAGGGGGACGCAGCUCAAGGAAGAACAUUUAUGAUAAUUUCUUUAUCAUUUCUUUGAAGAAAUAAUCAUCAUAUUAAUCAUUUUGCCCUGAAGACACGGUGGUUCUUCUGCCUUAGCAUCUCGGUCUGAUUGCAUUUCCAUGAAGAAAUGAUCAUAAAUGUUCUUCCUUGAGCUGCGUCCCCCUGCUGCAGUUGAUGGAGUCACCCGGAGGUCUCAAACAAGCAGCUGCUGGAAGAGAGUAGGUGAGUUGUGUUUAGUCUCUUUGCUAAAGAAAUUAGGCAAAGCUAAAAAGAUGUUUGGUGGCUAGUACUAUGGCUGGGACCCUAUAUAUACUGUUGACGAAGUUAGGUGCUGUUCUGAGCAUUAUUUGUGGCUAUAGAGUGGUGUUUUGGUUGAAGUUUGUUUAUGGUUCCUCAGACCGCUGUGUACUGCUGUCCUGCAGUUGUUACUAAAGUUGGUAUAACUAGAGAAGCAAGCGGUCGUCAACAUUCAUCUCUCGAGGGGGUGUAUAACUUGGUGUUCUGGUGUGUUUGACCCUAACUCAAUUUUAUGCCAGAAUAUCCCUUUAAGUGUGGGUUUUUUGACUCCCGUCAGUCACAGGCCUUGAGCUUUGCCUUAAUUUUUCCUCACUAUACAUCUCCCUCCUGGGUAGUUGUACACUUCAGGGACAGGAGAAAACUAAUGCUGCAUUAAUGUCAUACCUUUACUUAUCAAAAUUAAAAGUGUUUGACUUGUUAAUGAAUUAUGAAACCUGGAACCAUACAGCUUGCAACUAAUUGCUCAGUAUAACUAACUUAAACUCUCCUCAAGACCUCCUGUAAAAGAAUACUGUGUUCUUUUAGAGGUUUUUAAACAUCAGAUGUUCAUUCUCCUAAGCAGGAAAAGUAUAGAUGUUAAAUUUAAACAAGAGAUGAAACCAGUAAGUGAUUUAAAGCCAGUAAAACUGGGUGUGUGUUUUAAUGGAAAAUGUCAAAGUGAAAUAUAAUCAGAUCUGAUACUGGGUUAAAGCUCCUUAACAUCUCAGACUGAUAGUACCAGCAGUGAUAAAGAACUCUUUCAAAUUUCAGAUUUGUUUCAUUAGAAAUGAAUAUAGCUUUCUGUUUUGACUCACUUAUUCUUUUGGUGAACCAAUAGUUUCUUUCAGUUUUCAUUCAAGCACCAGCAAGUACUCUAUCUAUACUGACUGAUGAUUUUAUACUGAAGACCCACAAAGUAUACUGGGUGCACUUGCACUCUUGUUUCUAGUAUGACUAAGAAAGUUAGAGUAAAGCAUAACUGCAUGUAAUGUGUUCUCCUGCGAAAUAGAUAAGAAAUGCAGUUCAAGCACAGCCACUGUGGUUUCAUUUCUUCUCUUAUCUGUCAUAAACAGAAACCACAAUGGAAAGAAAAUCAAAUGUGAACUGAAAGACCGGUUUGGUUUGAGUCAUGACAAGUUGCAUGUUCUGUUAAGUGGUUUAGUAAGUCUUUGAUGAUGCCUUUUAAAUGAUUUUUAUUUUAGUAGACUCUUCAGGGGUUUCACUCCAAACAAAAACAUCAGUGCUGAACUACUUCUUCUAUCUUUAGGCUUUGCUUCAAAAUUCAAGCCCAAAACUCCUUCUACUAUGGACCAAUGGAGAGUCAGCUUCACGCUUGAAACCAGAUCCCCGUCUGCCGGUCCUGGUCCAGAGGGCUUUAAAGGUGCUUCCCAGUCUGGACUGGACCUCAGGCAAACCUUUCAGAACCAGGAGGAACUUCUGGGAGUCUUUGUUGAAGGCCAUGCCCAAUCAUAAAAAGGAUCUGCACCGAUGAGUACAGGUUUUCUGACUUGAUGUGCAGGAUUUUUUACUUGGCAGCUUUGACUGAAACUGUCUGUAGGCAAGUGUGAGACGAGGGUGAAAAAUCAAAUGUCAAAGAUAUUUCAUUAUGAUGGUACAGAUACGGUUUUAAAUGUGCAGGUGGAUGUUUGAGGGAGAGAGUGAGUCACUGUCAGGGCUGUUAAGAGAAUCUAACUGUGAAUAAAAGCAUUAUUUCCAAAGCAUUACGUCACAUGUAGUGAGGGAGAGAAUCAAUUUUGUUUUUGACAUUUAGAAAUGUGUAAAGUUAUGGAAGUCAGAGGUUUAAAUCACGUAUACGCGCCAUUGACUUUUCUGAAGUUUACCCAAAGCUGAGAGAAAAUAGACAUUUAAGAGAUGAUUAAUUAGUAUAAUUAAUGAGCAGUAGAUGGAGGAAGUUUGUAACAUUUGGAGUUAGUUACACUUACCACACGUUUUUUAUGUUUUUUUGUUACAGACGACAACAGACACCAUAUAUCAUCUAUUUGUUUAUUUCUGACUGUUUUUUUUAUUUGUGUAAGAGAUCUGUUUGAUUUAACAGCUUGAAGAAGUGGAUAUGAGUGUAACUUAUUUCAAGGAGUCAACACAACAGCUGGGUUACUAACAGACAAAUUUUAAAGAUUCAGUUUUUUUUCAUCCAGGCAAAUUACCCAAACAACCACCAUGGUAGCACAUUAGCUGAACCUAAAUGAUCGGGACGUUUUAAUGGAAAAAUAAAAGCAAAAGAUUCCAACGAGAAACCAUUUCAUCGGACUUUUACCAAGAUGAAUCACUGUCACGGCUGUGGUCUUUUAAUAUUUGAUAAUAGUAUUUAAUAUCUAGAUAGAUAAUGCGUCCUUCCACUGUUAAUAAAAUAAAACGACCUGAUGGUUUGCCAGAUAUGCUGACAAAUAUGGUUUUGAGUAUAGAAAACCAGAGAUACUUAAACAAAUAAUAAAAGACAUUAAAAAGUCGGAUGAGUCUGCCUAUGAUGGGGCAAAGCAGGUGAAAAAAAAGAUUGUACACUGAUGUGGAGAAACAGUUUGAAAAAAAAAAGCUGCAUCAUCUAUGCCACAUACACAUACACACACAAGCGCUCAGUGUCAUUACACUCAACCACUCCCCAUUUCUUGCUUUAAAAAUCAGACACUUUGUACAUUUUUACACUAAUAACAUACGAUCGACAAAGACAGCUUGCUCUGGCCCGCACCUAGCUUCUGACAAGCAUGUCUAAAAAAAGGAGAUGAAGCUUCUGAGAUGUUAGAUUUCCCCUUAAGCCAGUUUGAGGCAACUGUAGCGAAUUGAACAGCUUUAACAAUAUUCUGACUAUCCUUAUUAGUUCUUGUUUGUCCCAGCUCCUGACUGCUCCUUAGUCUUCAUCAGCCUGUAGUGGUUAGGAACAUUAACUUCAGUUCAACCACCGAGUAUCACUGAAGGCCUAAAGUAAUUUGCAUUGCAUCUUCAGCACCAAAGCUACAGUGAAAAAUAAUUCAGCCUUCAGAGAUAUCUCUUACGAAGUUUGAACUCUAUGGAAAAAAAACCUUCCAUUAGUGAAAACGACUGUUUUAAAUCUAUAAUUUGUCAGCCUGGGCCUUCAAUUUCCUCUCCCAGAGUUUUUGAUGAUCAGAGAAGCCCUGCUUGCCCUUGUUGAAAGAAUUUGGUCCUGCAGAUGUUGGAGUCUCCCUGAAAAACAAAAGAUGAAUUAACUUACAUACAGACGUUGACAUGGUAGAUUGUAUAAUUGGCAGGAAAUCUUUUGUUUAAUAGCUGACUUUUUGGAAAACAAUGAAUGCGUAUUGUGUGUGUACCUCCCAAUGUUCUUCAUCCUCAUCUUUGCCUCAGGAGGCAUCUCUUCAGGUUCACUCUGUGAGACAAGAGACAAGGUAAACUCAGCUUCUGUAAAUUUGCUGGUCAUGGGUUUGGUAAACUUUUUAAUCACAGCUGUCAUGUGCACUUACAUCAUCAUCCUCAUUGAAAACUGAGGCCAGUCCUGCCUUUUUUUGUGGAAGCACUGGGACAGGCUCUUUAGGUUUCUAGUGCCGGAUGGUAGCAGAAGAUAUGGAGAGGAUUAAAGAUUAAACAACUGAGCACCUUUACAUUUUUUAAUUUGUGUCUACAGAAAAUAAUGAAUAGUUAGAACCAUUCACUUGUAAAGUCCCUGAACUUUCUGGCAGUAUUUUGAAGAGUUACAGGUGUUAACGUGAAUCACACACUUGGACAUCUAAUAUUUAGCUGUAGUUUUCACUGUUAGUCACAAGUCAUAACAAUAGGGGAGAGUGAGGUAAGCUGAGCCAAAGGGUAAGUUGAGCUACCCCCUGUUGUUGUGACUGUUAUUUAGGGAGAGAAGGUGAAGGAGGGCUGGGGUCGGGGUAUUUGGGAUACGGCUCUACUAACCCCGCUCCUAUGGUUAACUUACCCCAUGCACGGGGUAAGUUGACCAUAGGAGACCACUUUUUUUGGCAUGCUAUAUUAUCAAGACAGUUAUGUUUACACUCAUUCUGUUGGUUUGCAGGGAUGCACAACAUCCUGAAAUAUAUGCAGAUACACUAGUUAGAGACAAAAGUAUGAUUGUCUUGAUGAAGUGAUCCGAAAUAUGAAAAAUGGCUCAUCUUACCUCACUCUCCCCUAUGUCAAAUCAACUCCAAACUUACUGUUGCUCCAAGUUUGAUAGAAAUGGGGUUCUUUCCCGUCUGACUGCCCAUGCUAAAGCCUAUCUUGGAGAUUUUGCUGGGGGCUGGAGGGUCUGCUGAGGACUCGUCCUCGUCUUCAGAUGUGAGAUGCUGGGAUGUACGUUUGACUGCGGUCCCCUCUCCUCCCGCAGUACUACAAGAGACAGGCUUAGUUUUCACUCUGCCUUCCUCCUCUUGCGGCCCUGCUUGAGGCAAGACAACUCAACACGGUGAACAACAGUUUGGUGGGAACUAGAGAGAAAUAAAUACCUGCCAGCAUUACCUGUGGGGCUAAUGUUACGACUCUAGCCAUCAAAUUACCUAAAGUAGCUAAAGUCAAUUUAGGGACAUACACUAGCCUACCUUCAGUUCAGAGAUCACAUUAACUUUUGAGUACUAUAGAAAGAGUCUGAGUUUAUUGUUAAAUUUACUUUAUACACACAUUAAAGCACAUGUAAGCUAACACUGUUAGCUUGAAGGGGGUUUCGAAAACGCCCCCUGUUAAUGAACACCAUACGGCAGUUGAGACCAUUCUUAACAGCAAGGCUACACUUCAACCUGAAGCUAACUUCUGCACAUAUAUCUGAAACAUUAUUUAAAUGUCAAAAAAGCACAAAUAUCACCUCCGUCUUCGGUGAAAUAUCUUCUGUGAUGCUUCUUAUCCGCCAUCAUUACGCUUCUC